UUAUUCAUCUCUUCUUCUCCAUAAAGAGCGUGCUAACUUAUAUAUGUAUAUGCAGUUAAAGAAAAUGUCAUCCAAGACUUUGCUUCUGUUAGGUCUCUUUGCAUUUCUUCUAGUUGUCUCAGAAAUGGCCGCGGCAUCUGCAAGGCAGUCGGGCAUGGUGAAGUCAGGAAGUGAGGAAACUGUGCACCCUGAUGGAUACGGAGGUGGUCAUGGAGGCAAUGGACGAGGUUACGGCGGAAGAGGAGGCCACGGGGGCAAAGGAGGAAGAGGUGGCCACGGAGGAGAAGCUGUUCAGACUAAGCCUGAUGGAUUUGGAGGUGGCCACGGGGGCCAUGGAGGACACGGGGGCCAUGGGGGACACGGGGGGCACGGGGGAGAAGUUAUUCGGACUCAGUCCGGUCACUAAAUAUCUAUAUAUAAGUCUUGUAUGCACUUACGUGUGUGUAUGACGAUAAAAUAAACUUGGUGCUUUUGUAAUAAAGUGACUCAAGUUUAAGAAAAUAAACUAUGGGAAUAAAAUGUCAUAAUGCCAUAUC